AUGCAGAGUUUGGGUGGGGGGACACAGAACUUUCCGGGGCUUUGGGUGAUGACGACGCCGCUCUUCUUGUGGAACAUGGGGGCGAUCUUAGGGCCAGGGUCUCUCCCUCUGCUGCCGGGGUCUCUCCCUCUACCGGGUGGUUGCCUCCCCCUCCCUCACUCACUCAGUGGUUGCCUCCCCCUCCCUCACUCAGUGGUUGCCUCCCCCUCCCUCCCUCACUCCCAGUGGUUGCCUCCCCCCCCCCUCACUCACAGUGGUUGCCUCCCCCUCCCUCACUCACAGUGGUUGCCUCCCCCUCCCUCACUCACAGUGGUUGCCUCCCCCUCCCUCCCUCCCUCUCUCCCUCACUCACUCAGUGGUUGCCUCCCCCUCCCUCCCUCACUCACAGUGGUUGCCUCCCCCUCCCUCCCUCACUCAGUGGUUGCCCCGCCCUCCCUCACUCACAGUGGUUGCCUCCCCCUCCCUCCCUCCCAGUGGUUGCCUCCCCCUCCCUCACUCACAGUGGUUGCCUCUCCCUCACUCACUCACUCACAGUGGUUGCCUCCCCCUCCCUCACUCACAGUAGUUGCCUCCCCCUCCCUCACUCACAGUGGUUGCCUCCCCCUCCCUCACUCACAGUGGUUGCCUCCCCCUCCCUCCCUCACAGUGGUUGCCUCCCCCUCCCUCCCUCACAGUGGUUGCCUCCCCCUCCCUCACUCACAGUGGUUGCCUCUCCCUCACUCACUCCCAGUGGUUGCCUCCCCCUCCCUCACUCACAGUGGUUGCCUCUCCCUCACUCACUCACUCACAGUGGUUGCCUCCCCCUCCCUCCCUCCCAGUGGUUGCCUCCCCCUCCCUCACUCACAGUGGUUGCCUCUCCCUCACUCACUCACUCACAGUGGUUGCCUCCCCCCUCCCUCACUCACAGUAGUUGCCUCCCCCUCCCUCACUCAGUGGUUGCCUCCCCCUCCCUCACUCACAGUGGUUGCCUCCCCCUCCCUCACUCACAGUAGUUGCCUCCCCCUCCCUCACUCACAGUGGUUGCCUCCCCCUCCCUCACUCACAGUGGUUGCCUCCCCCUCCCUCACUCACAGUGGUUGCCUCCCCCUCCCUCACUCACAGUGGUUGCCUCCCCCUCCCUCACUCACAGUGGUUGCCUCCCCCUCCCUCCCUCACAGUGGUUGCCUCCCCCUCCCUCCCUCACAGUGGUUGCCUCCCCCUCCCUCUCCCUCCCUCACUCACUCACAGUGGUUGCCUCCCCCUCCCUCACUCACAGUGGUUGUCUCCCCCUCCCUCUCCCUCCCUCACUCACUCACAGUGGUUGCCUCCCCCUCCCUCACUCACUCACAGUGGUUGCCUCCCCCUCCCUCACUCCCAGUGGUUGCCUCCCCCUCCCUCACUCACAGUGGUUGCCUCCCCCUCCCUCCCUCCCAGUGGUUGCCUCCCCCUCCCUCACUCACAGUGGUUGCCUCCCCCUCCCUCACUCACAGUGGUUGCCUCCCCCUCCCUCACUCACAGUGGUUGCCUCCCCCUCCCUCCCUCACUCACUCAGUGGUUGCCUCCCCCUCCCUCACUCACAGUGGUUGCCUCCCCCUCCCUCACUCACAGUGGUUGCCUCCCCCUCCCUCACUCACUCACAGUGGUUGCCUCCCCCUCCCUCACUCACUCAGUGGUUGCCUCCCCCUCCCUCACUCACAGUGGUUGCCUCCCCCUCCCUCCCCCUCCCUCACUCACAGUGGUUGCCUCCCCCUCCCUCACUCACAGUGGUUGCCCCCCCCUCCCUCACUCACAGUGGUUGCCUCCCCCUCCCUCACUCACAGUGGUUGCCUCCCCCUCCCUCACUCACAGUGGUUGCCUCCCCCUCCCUCACUCACAGUGGUUGCCUCCCCCUCCCUCACUCACAGUGGUUGCCUCCCCCUCCCUCACUCACAGUGGUUGCCUCCCCCUCCCUCACUCACAGUGGUUGCCUCCCCCUCCCUCACUCACAGUGGUUGCCUCCCCCUCCCUCACUCACAGUGGUUGCCUCCCCCUCCCUCACUCAGUGGUUGCCUCCCCCUCCCUCACUCACAGUGGUUGCCCCCCCCUCCCUCACUCAGUGGUUGCCCCCCCCUCCCUCAGUGGUUGCCUCCCCCUCCCUCACUCACAGUGGUUGCCCCCCCCUCCCUCACUCAGUGGUUGCCUCCCCCUCCCUCACUCACAGUGGUUGCCUCCCCCUCCCUCACUCACAGUGGUUGCCUCCCCCUCCCUCACUCACAGUGGUUGCCUCCCCCUCCCUCACUCACAGUGGUUGCCUCCCCCUCCCUCACUCACAGUGGUUGCCCCCCCCUCCCUCACUCACAGUGGUUGCCCCCCCCUCCCUCACUCCCAGUGGUUGCCUCCCCCUCCCUCACUCAGUGGUUGCCUCCCCCCUCCCUCACUCACAGUGGUUGCCCCCCCCUCCCUCACUCACAGUGGUUGCCUCCCCCUCCCUCACUCACAGUGGUUGCCUCCCCCUCCCUCACUCACAGUGGUUGCCUCCCCCUCCCUCACUCACAGUGGUUUCCUCCCCCUCCCUCACUCACAGUGGUUGCCUCCCCCUCCCUCACUCACAGUGGUUGCCCCCCCCUCCCUCACUCAGUGGUUGCCCCCCCCUCCCUCACUCACAGUGGUUGCCCCCCCCUCCCUCACUCACAGUGGUUGCCUCCCCCCUCCCUCACUCACAGUGGUUGCCUCCCCCUCCCUCACUCACAGUGGUUGCCUCCCCCUCCCUCACUCACAGUGGUUGCCUCCCCCUCCCUCCCCCUCCCUCACUCACAGUGGUUGCCUCCCCCUCCCUCACUCACAGUGGUUGCCCCCCCCUCCCUCACUCACAGUGGUUGCCCCCCCCCUCCCUCACUCACAGUGGUUGCCCCCCCCUCCCUCACUCACAGUGGUUGCCUCCCCCUCCCUCACUCACAGUGGUUGCCUCCCUCACUCAAAGUGGUUGCCUCCCCCUCCCUCACUCACAGUGGUUGCCUCCCCCUCCCUCACUCACAGUGGUUGCCCCCCCCUCCCUCACUCCCAGUGGUUGCCUCCCCCUCCCUCACUCAGUGGUUGCCUCCCCCUCCCUCACUCCCAGUGGUUGCCUCCCCCUCCCUCACUCACAGUGGUUGCCUCCCCCUCCCUCACUCAGUGGUUGCCUCCCCCUCCCUCACUCACAGUGGUUGCCUCCCCUCCCUCACUCACAGUGGUUGCCUCCCCUCCCUCACUCACAGUGGUUGCCUCCCCUCCCUCACUCACAGUGGUUGCCUCCCUCACUCACAGUGGUUGCCUCCCCCUCCCUCACUCACAGUGGUUGCCCCCCCCUCCCUCACUCACAGUGGUUGCCUCCCCCUCCCUCACUCACAGUGGUUGCCCCCCCCUCCCUCACUCACAGUGGUUGCCCCCCCCUCCCUCACUCACAGUGGUUGCCCCCCCCUCCCUCACUCACAGUGGUUGCCCCCCCCUCCCUCACUCACAGUGGUUGCCUCCCCCUCCCUCACUCACAGUGGUUGCCUCCCCCUCCCUCCCUCACUCACAGUGGUUGCCUCCCCCUCCCUCACUCACAGUGGUUGCCUCCCCCUCCCUCCCCCUCCCUCACUCACAGUGGUUGCCUCCCCCUCCCUCACUCACAGUGGUUGCCUCCCCCUCCCUCACUCACAGUGGUUGCCUCCCCCUCCCUCCCCCUCCCUCACUCACAGUGGUUGCCUCCCCCUCCCUCACUCACAGUGGUUGCCUCCCUCCCCCUCCCUCACUCACAGUGGUUGCCUCCCUUCUGUCCAAAGGUGGUGGCCAUGA